AUGGCUCCUGAAUCAUCUAACGCAGCAAACUACCGCUCUGUAGAAAUACUCGCUGCGAAACUAAGAAGACGGCAAGUAAUAGGCUCGCGGACAGCUGCCCUUGAGACGGUACUCGUGCUACGACAAGUAGUAUCGAAAGCACGAUUCUCGAACAUCGAUCAGUUGGUGGGACUCAUUCGGGAUGUAGGAAGACGACUAGCGGAAGCGCAGCCGAAAGAACAUACUGUUGGAAACAUCGUACGGAAAGUGUUGCACAACAUUCGCGAGGAGUACAAUUCAGCGACCAAGGCCGGCUCAUCAGCCCCCUCAAACAACGUCUUCUCAAUAUCAAAGUUCGUUCUGCAAGGACAACCCCGGAAACAGAACGUCGCGACCAAGUCAGACGGCACAAUCACCCUGAAAGAGGAUGAUCCCGAUGACCCAGACUCUUUCGCGCGAAGCAUCAAGCCAGUAUUGAUGGAGGCCAUCCAGGAUGUCCUUGAUGAACUCGAAACAGUCUAUGACAAUGUCUCCAAAACGGCGAAGGACCACAUCCAUUCAGACGAGAUCAUCUUGACGAUAGGACAUUCCAAAACCGUCGAGGCAUUUCUCAAGCUUGCCGGUCACUAUCGGAAUUACACCGUCAUUGUCGCAGAGACGGGCCCAUCCUACGACGGCCACGAAAUGGCGCGUUCUCUAUCAUCCGCAGGCAUCUCGACCUUUCUGGUCCCUGAUUCCUCGAUUUACGCCAUCAUGUCGCGUGUGAACAAGGUCAUCCUCGGCGCACACGCCAUCCUGGCCAACGGCGGCAUGUUCGCCAUCACCGGCUCCCUACUAGCGACAACAGCCGCGCGCGCACACAGCACGCCAGUGGUUGUAUGCGCCGGGCAGUUCAAGUUGACCCCGCUUUGGAACCUUUACCAUGAGUACGGCGCACUCGAUUUUGCAGAUCCGAGCAGCGUUCUCGGAUUUGAGGAGGGCAGCCUUGUGGAGAAGGUCGAUGUUAUCAACCCAUACUACGACUAUGUCAGCCCGGACCUUGUCGAUGUCUACAUCACCAACGACGGUGAUCACCCGCCUACGUCGGUCUACAGGCUUGUCAAGGAGAGCUAUGAUGACGAGGACCAGCUGCUUUGA